GGUGUGCACACACUUUGACUCCGAUAAGAAACCUGCAGGAAAAGUCGAAAAAGUAAACUAAACUGUUUUGUUAUUGAUCAUUAACUGUGCUUUCCAUGCACACGUCCGCCGAAAGACAGCCGGCGUAUCCCCUAAAAGCAGAGCAUCCAGUGGAACCGAAAAGAUAUCCCCGACAUGAGCUACGACGACGAUGACUAUCCAGCGGACACGUUUCCCAAGGACUUUGGCUACCGGGCGUACAACCAAGAUGGCCUGGAACUAGAGCCCAAUGCGACGGGCAGCAGUGAGACCAAGCCGCGCAUUCUGCUGAUGGGACUGCGCAGAUCGGGCAAGAGCUCUAUCCAGAAGGUGGUCUUCCACAAGAUGUCGCCGAACGAAACGCUCUUUCUGGAGUCGACCAGCAAGAUUGUGAAGGACGACAUCAACAACUCCAGCUUCGUGCAGUUCCAGAUCUGGGAUUUCCCGGGCCAAAUAGACUUUAUUGAGCCGACCUUUGACUCGGACAUGAUCUUUGGCGGCUGUGGUGCUCUGGUCUUCGUCAUCGAUGCCAAGGAUGACUACAACGAGGCGCUGACCAAGUUCAAGAACACAGUGAUAAAGGCCUACAAGGUGAACCAGCGCAUCAAGUUCGAGGUUUUCAUACACAAGGUUGACGGCAUCAGUGACGAUUCGAAAAUGGAAUCGCAGCGGGACAUUCACCAGCGGUCAUCGGACGACCUAAGCGAGGCGGGCCUCAAUCAGAUACACCUGAGUUUCCAUCUGACCUCUAUUUAUGAUCACUCCAUCUUCGAGGCCUUCUCCAAGGUGGUACAAAAGCUCAUUCCUCAGCUGCCAACGCUGGAGAACCUCUUGAACAUCUUCAUACCAAACUCGGGCAUAGAGAAGGCGUUUCUGUUCGACGUGGUCUCUAAGAUCUACAUAGCCACGGACUCCUCGCCCGUCGACAUGCAGACCUACGAACUUUGCUGCGAUAUGAUUGACGUGGUCAUUGAUUUGUCCAGCAUAUACAGCUCUGAGGAAACCGCCUUCGACAGCGGCAGCUCUAGUCUCAUCAAGCUGAACAACAACACGAUACUCUAUCUGCGGGAGGUAAACAAGUUUCUGGCACUGGUCUGUAUCCUGCGGGAGGAGAACUUCAACCGGCAGGGUGUCAUCGACUACAACUUUAUCUGCUUCCGCGAUGCCAUUAGCGAGGUCUUCGAGCUGCGGCUAAAGCGGCAGAAGCAGCUGGAGAACAACGAUCAGGAUGACGACGACCUGGUCGAUGAACAAACCCUAAUCCGCCAUGGUCAUGACGCAGCUGUGAUGUCGCGGGCGCAGCCAAUCGAUUAAGGCGUCACGCUCCAAUCCCCGCUCGGUGGUCCAUUUAUUUUUUCUCUACGCUAACUUCUCUGUGGACCCGUUUAUUCCGAUUUGUACGUUUCUCUUCCGUUAUAUAUCUGCUGUUACUUUUGUCUACUGAUAAUACGUUAAGGCGCUCCUCCCAGAGAGCGGCGCGAGGAAAUUGCCCAGCGGUUGAAAUUAAUGAUAAUACUACCAAUAAAUAUGUCUAUUUUU